AUGAAGAUGGGCACAUUCGAGCGUGGUCAACGAUAUACUGGGUUGACAAAACAGUGCCAGUCCUACUAUGAGCAGCAUAAUAUGCAUGCUACAGCCUGCGAGGCGAGAACAAAAGAACUAUUCAGAGCCGUCUCAACCAUUGCCACUGCUCAGGGUAAAACAUGGGAUGAGGUUCUCGGCUUAUCUGGCGAUUUCAAAAACAUUAUCUUCGAUGGAGGUUUCGAAUAUCACGGCCCCAAGAGCGUUGGCAAGUCUCUAUCAUUCGCACAGUGGUUCUUUCUAGCCUCACUUAUUGGACUUGGUCAUGAAUUUGCUGGCGCAUCGAAACUCUUAUACUAUGUCGGUUGUACACUUGGGAUCGCGGCCGAUGGCUACCCCGUCAAUGUUCGCAUGCCCGUCGCCUCACUAUUUCGUCUUUCCAGAGAACAUCAAUCAUCUCGGGGACUUCCGUGGGCUCGUAUGAGCCGGUUUCUACAAAGUAAGGGAAAUUGCAAUGUUCCUAUUAUUGAACUUGAGCUAUCGUGUGGUGAAUUGCCUUACGAAGACUCUACGGAAACAAUUCACAAGCUCGCGGCGAUGCGACUAGACGCAUGUGCGCAUUCGAUUAUGAUGAAAGCGAUCUUCGACGCAGUCUCUAAGCUUACAAGCAAGGCGAACAAAUACGCUGGGGAUCCUUCGACCAUAAGGUCAUUUGACAUCGUCAAAGAGUUCAUCGCGACCAGUGAGUCCUUGAUCAAGACGUUCGACAGUGUUGCCGAUCAGGCUUUGGAAUGGACUGGAGACUAUGACAGGAUCUACCAAAAGAAAUACAUGGGCGACGACCCUGAUCUCACGAAUCAUUCUUUCGAACUGCGGAAAGCAGCGCCUUCAAACAUCAUCAGACUCGACGUCUCCUACAAUUUCGCAGUGGACUCUCUUCAUGCUGAGACGGCAGCUUAUGACGGUAUUCACUUUGGAGGCUUUGGCCACAGCAAGAAGUCGAGUUUUCUAGACGAUGAUGAAGUUAUCACGGGAGCGUCAUGGAAUACAGGAGUUUUGGCUCACGAUGUUACCAAGAAAGUCAUAUUCAACUUGGUCAUCAACACCACGGAGAGAAAGCUAGGGCCUUUUGGUAGUGGUGGUGGUCAGAUUAAAGGAAAUGCUGAAAAGCAAACAUUUCAAGUUCCGGAGAAGAUGAAAGUGUAUGGUCUUAUUGACUCAGCUGGGAAAUACAUCGAGCACAGAGGCGAUGUUAUCAUGGAGAGUGGGAGAUUCAUCGCGGAGCUUAGGUUUAUAGUUGGCCCUGCAGAGUAG